AAACAAAAAAAAACACCCACUCAUUUAUUUAGGGAUUAUAUACGUUUCUCAUAAGCGUGUGAAAAGGUUAUCUCAGGGCAACCAACGUGAACUAUCUUGAUGUAAUCUUUAUCUUUGGGAGCCAAGAGGGAACGUGAACCGGAAAGAGAAAGAGCUUUAUUGUCUGAUAUUUGCAUAAUUCGUCACCUUGUUUGCCUUUAGCUAUUCAAUUCGUUACCAAUGUUCGUCUAAUUUCAUCAAAUUCAAAAAUGAAAAUAGUUGUUUCCACCAAAAGUAGUUUCAACAUUUGCUCCAGCUUCUCAUUGGCUAGUGACCCGGAAGUUAUUAAAUUGAAUUCAGGUGCGCUAAACCAAAGAGGGAAAACUUCUCUGGGUUGUUUUUAGGGCUGUAAACGCGUAAAGAAGCCAGUCGUUGUGGUUGUCGUUACCUUUGUAUUCACAAUGUGCGAGAAGAUCAAGAAGGUGAACAGCUGGCUCAGCACGGUGUUUGGAGAUCAGCCGGUGCCACACUUUGAGGUCAACACGAGGACGGUGGACGUGCUGUACCAGCUGGCACAGUCCAGUGAAGUCCGGUGCAGUGACACAGCUCUUCUCUCAGAAGACCUCAAACAGAAAGCAUCCGAGUACCAGUCCGAGGGCGCUCAUUACCGAGAUGUUCUCCUACAAGGCGUAGGUCUGUCCUACGCAAACUUGUCGAAGCCCGCUGACGACUAUCUGUCCGCUUUAGUGGACACGGCCAUGGUGCUCGGAGUCAGAGACACGUCACUGGGCAGCUUCAUGCCAGCAGUGAACAACCUCACCAACACUCUGCUGGAAGAAGAGAAGUCAAACCGGAGACUCGAGAGGGAAAUCAGGGCCUUAAGAAAUCGACUCAGUGCUACUCUGGUGCUGCGGAGCAACCUGCAAGAGGACAUCGACAAAACCGCCAAGUCACAGUCAGUGGACAGCGCUAAAGCAGAGGAGAGAAUGCUCAACAUGGACUUUGUUACGGCGAAGGCUAAAGAACUCAGCAGCAGGCGGGAGAGGGCAGAGGCUCAACUUGUAUCCAGGAACAUGGACAAAUCCAUCACCCACCAGGCUGUUGUGCAGCUCUCUGAGGACGUCACCGCGCUGAAACAGGAAAUAAUCCCCAUGAAAAAGAAACUGGAGCCUUACAUGGACUUAAGCCCAGUACGUUUGUUUUCCUGUUUUUCCUGCGAACAGUCCAACAACCAACAGUGCUUUCACAUUAUUCAAAAUAUUUUCAUGAUGGCGGUUAUGUUCGUAGAUUUCCCUUAAUCAAACCAACUUGACAAAUCACAUUUCUAUUGUCUAUUUGACUUGACAACAUGUUUUGUUUUACCUUCUAAACCACAACAGAGCCCGUCUCUUGCUCAAGUGAAAAUAGAAGAAGCAAAAAGAGAAUUGGUGAGUAUCUUUAUCUUUUAUUCAAUGAUGGAUGAGAGGUGGUUGCUUACUGUUUUAUUUGAAUGCAGAUGUGUUUCCCUCCAUUACAGGCUGCAAUUUGUUCCCAACUUGAGAUGAAUAUGGAUUUCAAGUGAAGAUGUUUGUGAAGUUUGAGUUGUACAUUUCUGUGUUUGAAAAAAUAAUAAAGUAAUUGUUUCCAUGUCUUGUUGGCUCUUUGUAAUGUGUUGCAGCAGCCAACUAAAGUAUUGCAUUGAAGUCAAAAUGUUUCCCUUCCCAAAAUCUGCUCUUUUGCAUUUGAAUGCAGUUUCAACAAUGUUGUUCCCCUCAAACCAAUCAAAGGGUCUCCCUCUUUUGCAUGUUCUUAACCUCUCUAGACAGGAAACGUGUGUUCCAACACAGAGGAUUUCUUUGAAAGAUUGUGCCGUAAAAAGACGACUUCAAAUAUUUUGAUAUAUGAGCAAUUGAAAAUAUAAACUGUGGUCUUUCUUUCCUGUGGUCGGACCUGUUCACUUUAUCUCACCUUCUUCCUGUUCGUUACAAAACAUCGUCAACACUGAUCAAAUGUUUUGUCUUUUGUUUCUAGUCUGUACUAACUAAUUAAGAGGGUGUGUAAUUUCUUUCUUUGAUCAAAGUCUGUCUGCCAGACGUAUAUUAAUCAUCCAUCUGUCUGGCCAAACACAGACAGUUUAAUAUGUUUAGAUUGUCUGGAUGUCAACUUUGGAAGAAUCUUUUCAAAAGUAAUAAACACUUUGCAUUUACAUGAACUCUACUAAGAAUCAAUACUUCUAUAAGUUCUACCUUAUUCUUGGGUGUAAAGACAUUUAUGUCAUUAACUGGAAUCGUAUGCUGAUGUGAGCCUUACCAAGGGACACAAAUUACAUUUUGUAAUUCUUAUUUCUACAUAAGACUACAC